AUGGUCACUUGCAAAUGGUGUGGGAACGUCGAAGGAACGAAACCAUUCGAAGGAGUGCUUCUGUGUGAACCAUGCCUCCAAAAGGCAGCUUGGGCAGUUGACCAUCCCCAGCUUUGCAGUACCUGCGAAUCACUAUUUACGAAUCCAAAUUCUUUUGCUCAGUUAACCUCAAAUGAUGGCUAUUUACACGGUGGUUGGGAGGAUUCAGCACGACGUGGAUGUCCACUCUGCAGGGUGUUUCUUUUGCAGGAUCCAAAUACGGACAUCAACAGAAACAUGACGGGAGUAUUGCUACAUGCAGAGACGAAAAUGAACGGUAAGGGAGGUGUUCCAGAUGUGGCAUCCAUAUACUUUCAAUCCGAGUCUGAGCAAUUCAAACUCUCCUUGUCUGUCGCUGCUGUUGCAGAAGACGACCCUGCUGCUAAAUACAUCAGUCAAAGACCUAUUCCCCCAAAUCUAGCCAACGACGAUACCUUCAGUCGAGCGAGAAGUUGGCUUCACGAAUGUCGCUUCACCCACAUCAGAUCGAAAUCCUCUCCUUCGAAACCUCGUAUGCCCACAAGAGUGAUUGAGGUUGGAAAUGACGGCGAUUUGGAAGUACGACUGUUCGAGCCCGGGACCCCUACAUACGAAGACUACAUCACGUUGAGUUACUGCUGGGGGCCACCACCUUCCUUCAAGACGUUAAUAUCGAAUAUCGAGAGCCACAAGAAGUCAAUGGUAGUCUCCAAACUGCCGCAGACUAUGCAAGAUGCCAUAAUUGUGACAAGAGCUUUGGGUUUGAGAUAUAUCUGGAUAGAUGCUAUUUGCAUUAUUCAAGAUAGCCCCGAGGAUAAAAUUAGGGAGCUCACGGUCAUGGGGAACAUCUAUCAUCAUUCGACGCUCACAGUCGCUGCUGUAAGCGCAGCGGCAGUUGGGGAUGGCUUCCUGCGGACGAAGCAACCUUCGGCAGUCGAACUUCCAUAUCUGUGCCCAGACGAAUCCAAGGGUACUGUUCAGCUGACGCUACAACGAACGGUAGAAUUAUGGAAAGAAACAAUAUAUACCAGGGGUUGGUGCUUACAGGAGUCCCUACUGAGUGGCCGUAUGCUGCUUUUCACCGAUACGGAGGUGCUAUGGUCAUGUCAAGAUGAACCAUUCAAACAACCCGAAGGCACACAUAUCAUCUACGAUGCAGCAUCUCCUGAGCACAUGCGAUAUCCUUUUCGAAGAUUGUCUGAAGCCAUUUUCUCUGACAACCAGCCUCCUGCAUCUUCAGUUCCUACUAGGAACAAAAGCAUCUCAGACGAAAAUCAAUUAGAGCAAGAAACUGCACAACUAACUUUACAUCCCCAAACAAGCAAAGCAGCGGACCCAAAAGCUCACGACUUUUUCCUCGAAUGGUCUUACCUAGUCUCCAACUACUCCUACCGCAACCUCUCUUUCGUUUCCGACCGCCUUCCCGCCCUCGCCGGUGUGGCCGAAAAGUUCCAAAACGCCUGGGGCCAUCCACCAUACUACGCCGGUCUCUGGCCUGCCCACUUUAUUUCCCUCCUCUCCUGGCGUCACGACCUACAUCUCAUCGGCGAAUCCCUCACGCGUCCCUCUCCCUGCGGCUCUCCCUCUUGGUCCUGGUCCAGCGUCGAGGGACCCAUCAAAUUCGAAUUCAAAUGGGGCUUCGAACCGAAAGCUAAAGUCCCGGCUGCGGAAUUUAUCGAAUGUUUCACCGAACCAAAGGAAAGCGCGGUCCCGCUUGGAGAAGUCGUGAGUGGGUAUGCGGUGCUAGAAGGGCAGAUGGUGCAGGCUGAAUUGACGAAUAUGAGCAUGAAGACGGCGUAUGAUAGAGGUCAUGUAUAUUGGGAUGAAUAUCCGGUUAAUACGCUGCUUGGGGAUGUGAAAGACGGAGGGAAGGGCUGUUGGUGUUUGUUGCUUGGGGAGGCGUGGAUGGGGAGUUCGAAGAAGGGAGCGGCGAGUAUGGCUGUUGCGAUGAUUUUAGUAAAGGUAGAGGAGGAUGCUUUGGUGGGAGAUGUGAAUAGAGAGGACGAGGGAGAUGAGAAGGUUGGUGUUUGGAGGAGGGUUGGGUUGUAUACCCUCCUCGCGAAGAAUUCUGCCAAGGCGUGGGCGGGGAAGGAGAGGAGGAGGAGAGUAAGGAUUAUUUGA